ACAUACCCACAAACAUAUACUCUCUUUUUGCACAGAUAAAAAAUCAUAGAGAAAUGAGCUUUCAAAUUCGAGUUAUUUUGAUGGUGGGCAUAUUGAUAUGCCUUACCUCUAUUGAAAUUGCUGAAUCAGGAACUGCUACUUUCUACACCCCACCUUAUGUUCCAUCGGCAUGCUAUGGCUUCCAAGAAAAAGGCACCGUGAUAGCUGCUGCCAACCCUUCAUUGUACAAUAAUGGAGCAGUUUGUGGAAGAAGGUACAGGGUUAAGUGCAUUGGAGGCACCAACAGCGUACCAAACCCCUGCAAAGGGCAGGAAGUAACUGUAACAAUUGUAGAUCGUUGCGCAGGAUGUGGAAAUAAUCAGCUUGAUCUCUCUCAGGAAGUCUUUUCCACCAUUGCUAAUCCUGAUGCAGGAAGAAUCUUGAUCGAAUAUACUCAGGUUUGAGACAAUUCGAUGUGGGAAAUGAAGGAAUUUGCGAUCCCGAAUAAGCUAGUUACUGUACUUUAUGUACCCACAAAAUAAUAAAAAUCCUAUGUACUAGUUGAAUAAGUGAAUAAUAGGCAUUGGCUAGAAAUGUAUUUGAGAAUUGUGUAAUGCUAGCUGGAGGAUCGAUGCCACGUAUGUAAGUGUGUGACUGUAAUAAUGUUCUGUUGUAAUUUCUUUAUGCAAAUGAAACUUCAAGUUUCCGUCGUAGGAAUUA